UGGCCUUCACCUCUUAGUAUAUUUUGGCGUGGAAUGCUAAAUAAUAUAUUAUUUUGUCGAUGUAUUUAAGUAUGAAUGCUUCAUAAGACAGCAUUCCCAAUUAUUUAUCAUUUUACAGUAGAGAUAAUUUUUGUUUAAAAUGGAUUUUUACCAACCAGACAGAGGCAAUACAGUGGCCAUGGACCAUUGUUAUUCCAAGCCGUGGAGUGCUCAUCCAGAUGCCAGUAAUGCCAGACCAAUCAAAAAAUUAUAUAUGCCCAAGCUACCACAUCUUACACAAAUGCAUGUUCAAAACAGGGAAGCAGAAAUAGAUGUUUGUACAGUAACAGAACCCAGCAAGCCACCCUAUGACACAGCUAAAGCCAGAAGUCUAAUGCAGGAGUGUGGACGACAUGUACCUCUAAUGAGAACAGAAGAAAGCCCAGAGGACUGGGAAGAAAGAAUUUCAAGGUUUAAACAAAUGAAUGGAUGGAGUUUACAACAGAACAGGUUGUUUAAUAAAGUGAUGAAGGCAUUACAGUCAGAUAGACUUGCCAGGCUGUCAUAUGUUGAUACAAAAAAUGAACCAAUAAUGAGAAGGAUUCAUAUAGAUAAAACAGCAAGACGAAUCAGACAGGCUCUGGCUGGUGUAUCAUGGGAUUCCAAAUUGACACAAUGGUUACAUAAUUUACUGAUAGAGAAUUUAAGUAUCCAGAUGUUAGCAUCAUAUUUAGAUGUAUUACAGACCCUCAGGGCAAAGUUGCCAACAAUGAUAGAUAAAAUGGUGGCUAUUGGUUUAGCAAGUGGCAAAUCAGCAACGUCCAUAGAAGCAUUACAUUUACUGCUGAAAAGGCCAUGGGACCCAGUCUUGAGUACUUAUAAUCAACAAAAACCUCAAAAGUUGCCAGGAAACCCUUUGAUCAUAGUAGCGCCCUCUGUACCAUCUGCAGGAGGUCAUGCUUACUCUAAAAGAACAAGAUUCUGGAAUUCUCAGUUAUCUAACCUUGGCAAGGUCAUCCCUGUCACCAUGCACACGGUGAAUGGCAGUAAAGGUGUUGGUAUAUCUCAGUGCUUAGAACAUAUGGUUGGAGCUGUACAUACAAAAGUCUUGGAGCUAAAAGGACAUUUUCAACAUAAACCAAUAGUUUUACUAGGAUGGGAUACAGGCUCAUUAAUUGCUUGUCAUGUGGCACUACAAGAAACUGUGUCUGCUGUUGUAUGUCUUGGUUUACCAUUGAGUGGCAUCAGUGGAUAUAGAGGGGAUAUAGAAGAUUCGUUACUAGACCUGACAACUCCUUCUUUGUUUGUGAUUGGUCAGAACUCAACAACAACAAAUAUGGAUGAUAUGGAAGAUCUGCGUGAGAGAAUGAGGGCAGAGAAUGCUUUAGUUGUCAUAGGUGGCGCUGAUAACCAACUCAGAAUGUCAAGGGCAAAACGAAAGCAAGAAGGAAUUACACAGAUUGUUUGUGAUAAAAAGAUUAUGGAUGAAAUAUCUGAAUUUCUUGGUGGAAUAUUAUCACAGUCAACAUCCCAGUAUAUAGAAACACCAGAGGCGUCAGAUGCUGAAAUGAAGAAGAAACCAAAAAAAAGGAAUGAGAAAUUAAUGACAGUUUCAGGGGCAAGUCAUAUAAAAACUGAAAUUGGCACGAAAGCUCAACAUACAGGUUCAACUAUAGUGCCUAAGAGGAAAUCCACUCAUAAUUCUCUGGCUCCUCCACGGAAGAGAAUUAAAUCUGCACCAGACUCGAAGUUUUCACCAGGUACAACUCAUGUUAUGAAGAGUGCACCAGAGUUAUCAGGAUUAUUACGAGGACAGAGACAAAUACAUGACAUAAAACAAGAGAUAGACAUGCAGAAUAGACUUCUGAAGGAAGGAUCUGCUUUAUAUUCUGAUCUGAAGGCACAGCUAGCUGCUAAGGCUACUGCACAUCAGGCAUUAGCAGGUUCAUUGACAUCAGCUGAUAUAAAGGCACAACUAGCAGCUAAAGCAGCGCAGCAGUCUCUUGCUGCGUCAUUAGCCAGCACUUCUCAGUUAAACAGUGUUCGACAGGUAUCAGCCAAUACUUUAACCUCCGUUCAAGCAGCUGCAGGUAAUCACAAUGAAAGCAUGCUGUCAAAACAUUUACAGACAUCGUCGGAGAACACCUUACCAAGUCUAGCUUCUACGCUCACUUCAUUACACAAUGCUCUGAGAACUGGUGGAUACAAACCAUCUGUCCAUAUAACAUCAGCUCAGUCAAUGACAAGUCAGAUUCAACAUUUACUUUAUUCAUCUGUGAAUAGAACGACAGAAACCAAGACACAUAAAUCACUUCCAACAUUGUUGUCAUCGUUAAAAUCCCCUGCCAUGGUUUCGCCUGGAAGUAUACUUGAAGCAUCUUCAUCCCCAAGUCACACACCAGGCACUCCAAUUAAUUCAUCUACUACCACACAGACUGAUAGUGAGAAACUUCAGGCCAUUCAGAAACUGCAAUUCCAUGAUUUCCCUCUGACUACAGCGAGUUUGAUCAAGUUCCCUAACACAGCUACUUUGACACAGGCUAAAAUAUUAACAAGUUCAAAUGCCACUAAAAGUCCCAGCCCAGGUUUAUCUGAUAUCAGUAAACCUUCUACAGUUCAGAUUGUAACCAGUAAGGGUAAUCAAAUGGAGUCCUCUGGAACAAUGACCAUGGAAACAGAUGAUUCAUCUCCACCACGGCCACAAAGACCAGCUAUUGUCAGCACUGUCACGGAAGGAAAUAUAGUAACUGUCAGUCUUACAAGUGACAAAAGUAUUAUACAUUCUGCACCAUCCACAACUAAACUCCAAACCACUGGAUCAGGAAUAAUCAGACCUAUUACUACGUCAGAAACAUUAGGUAAAGUCAAUUCUUUACUGGAAUCUAGUCCUGUCAUUCAAAGAACAUCCACGAACAUUGUAACUCCUAGCUCUUCACAAAUAGGGAGCUACACCAUUACAAAAACAUAUGAAUCCACAUCAAAAAAGACCCCAGUUACUAGCACAACAACUCAUGUGGGGUCCUCAGUCCCAAAGUCUAGUACUACAACUCAUUCUGUUACUCCUAAGACUAGUAAAUCUACAGCUGCCACAACAGUAACAUCGUACACAGCCACACCUAAACCUGCAUUGUCUACCAUUGCAGCUACGAGAACAAGGAGAAUUAAAACACCAAAACAGUAUGACCUUUGAACUAGGAAUCUGAUGAACUUUAGUAAAACAUACAGAAUAAUAGAAUAAGGACUACACUCAGACAAGAAUAUUACUUUCAAUACACAUCUUGGAUAAAGAUGAUAACAUUGCUCAAGGUUUUUCUUGUGACUAUUCUUUCAAAAAAAUGUACAAAUGCACUUGCGCAGUUGAGAAGGACAUAUUUCAGAUGCAAAAUGUGUAUAUCUGUGCGAGAAGAACAAAACAAUGUUAAAUGUGAGGUAUGGUGUCAUUCUAGUUAACUUGUCAUACCAUUGAAUAUUGUGAGACAAAUCUAUUAAAGGCCAAGGAGGAUAUAGUGCUUAGUUUUCAUGGCUUUAGAGUUUUAUCUUUGAUGGUUGGUUUUUUCUGAAGGAGGAGCCUUUAAGAUAACCAUCAAAGUGUUUAACAUUAUUAUAAUGCUAAAACUGAAAUUUUAACCUUAAAUAGGAGAUGACAUUUGAAUAUACAAAGUUUAUACCUAGAUUAUUGUUUAUGAAAUGGCAAUCAUGUGCAUGAAUGCUGUUUAAAUUCAUUUCCGUAAAUGUUUUGUUAUGAGACCUAGUUGUUACUUGAAACUGUUUUGUGUUGUAUCAAUGUGCUAUAUCAUUAAAUCAUUUAUAUACA